CGUCAAGAAGAGCGUCGUGCAGCAAUACAUAGUGACAAAUGAGGAUUAUAUGAUUUAUUCUUUAAUUAUUGUAAAAGAUGGUCCGCACCGACUGGGAUCGGAUAUUAUCCGUAAACGCUUCGUCCUUAACGGACGAAGAAAUCGAAGAUCUUUUUCCCACGGUGGUCCGAUGCGAUGUAAACGAGAUUGCCGACAUACAUAGUCUACAAACACUUAUGAGAUUGUCACAAGAAAUGUUGACUUACAAAGAUAAUCAAGUUGAGGCCUUACUUCUUGAGUGUGGCGAAUUGAAGGAAACAAUAACUUCAUUACGUCCAGAAGCUGCCAAACGGAAGACCAAAGAUCAUAGUAUAUCUGCAACAAAACAAGAAGGUGAUGGUUUUACCAAAGAUACAAAUAUAAGAGAAUAUGCUCCUCAUUCAGGGACACAAGAGAAAAAUGAGAAAGUUAAGACACUUAUGAUUGAACUACAGGGUUUGGACAAAGAAAAUGAGAAUCUUAAAGAACGAUUAACAACAUUGAAGGAUGAAAUGGAAGAUGCGACAGAAAAAAUGAAUGAAAUGACUGAGGAACUUUGUUCAACACAAAUAAAAGCUGUGGAAUACAAAGACAAAGUAUUGGGAUUAGAGCAAGAAAAUGCAGCUUUGGUUAAUCAGAUUGAAGAGAUAACAACACAGCAAAUAGAUAGAGACAGAAUAUUAGAUGAAUUUGGUAUAGCUAUCGAUGCUAGAAUAUCUGAAUGGAAGGGUAUAUUGGAUGAAAAAGAUACGGAAAUCGCGCGUUUGAAGGAAAAUUUAUCACAAUCCUUAAUGAAAUCUGUUACAUCUGUCAAAGAAGAAAAUAAAUCUCAGAUUAUAUAUUUAAAUGAUGAAAUAAUGCAACGAGAUACGAUUAUAGAUGAAUUGCAAACUAAACUAUCUGAAGCUGUUGUUGAAAUAAAUAAGAGUGCUGCACUUAUCGAAAAAUUAAGAGGAGAAGCACAAGAGUCUGUAAGAAGUGACAAACAGAAAGAACAAAAAAGUUUGAUGAAAAAAGUACGAAGUGCAAAUGAAAAGAUCUCUAAUUUAGAAAAUGCAUUAUCCCAAGCACAGGAUGAUGCCAAGUCGCAGAGUAGUAAGUUGUGCGAGGUACUAACUACAUUAAAAAAAUACGAAGAUGGAAAUGAAGCUUUAGCUAAAGCAUUGAACGAAAUUAAAGAAUUAAAAAUCAAAAUAGAUCACAAAAAUGAACAUAUUGAAGAUUUAGUCAAUGUUGUUAAUAAAUUGGAGAUGUUAAAUUCAUAUCAAGAAAUGGAAAUCUUAACUCUUAGAGAAAAGUUAGGAAUUCCAGAAGAUGAAUCAAUAUCGAUUAAAAGUAUUAUAGCAAAACGUAAAGAGGAAUCAAGAAAAAUGCAAGAAUUUAUUCAGCAAAAUAAAAAUCUUGCAGAAGAAAAUUUAGAAUUAAAAUCAGAUAUAAGGAUGUUAAAAUACAAAUUGAGCAAGUCUGAGAAGAUAUUAGAUAUUUCAGAUAAUUUAGGUGAUUCUAGUCAUCAGUUUUUACAUUCAACUAAAUUAAUCGAACCAGAAAAUAAGGAAGUAUGUCACAAAACUGAAAUUAAUCAAUCUGAAAUCAAUCAAAAUAUUCAGAUACUUAUUGAAGAAAACGAGGCACUUAGAACAGGCAUGCAUGAGAUUAUGGACAGUAUACACAAUCAAGAUGGUAAGAGCGAGGUGGAAAUUCAAUCUGAUACACUGGAACGAUUAUUAGAAGCUUUAGAUGUCAGACAUUUAGCUGGUUGGUAUCAUCCAGCUAUGAGAUUACAGGAACAUCUUAAUGUUGUGCAAGGUAGCAAUGCUGAGUUAAGAACACAGCUAAAAUUACUAAGAAAAGAAUUGCAGAAGAAAGACAAUGUAUUACAAGGUUUAGCAAUGAAUAAAAAUAUAGAUUUUGAAAAAUUAUACGAGAACCAUGAUGACGAUGAAGCUAUGACAAUGUAUCUUACAGAAAUGAAAGCUUUACAAACGGCAUAUAAAAAUGAAGCAGAGGAGUGGGAAAAGCAGAAAGAUUCAUUGAUUCAGGAAAAUAAUGAAUUGAAAGAUGAAAUAAAUGGUUUUACGAAGCAGUUAGAAAUUUAUAAGAGAAAUUGGCAGAUUAUAGAAGAUGGAAAUGACGAAGUUCAGAAAACAUUUGCGAUAAAAACGAGAGAAUACGCGGAUGCUGCUAACGAAAUAAUCGUUAUGAAUAGAAAAAAUGCCAAUCUUCAACAUUUACUCAACAAAGAAACUAAUAGGUCAUAUAAUUAUCAAAAAGAAGUAAUUAAAAAAGAGAGCGAUCUUAACAGAGCUCUUACUGAUGCGAACCAAUACAGUAAAUCGUUGCUGUCAGAAAUUUCACUUUUGCAGAGUAAUUUAUAUAAUUCUGUAAGCUUAACAGUAUAUAACGAAUUGAAAGAGAAAUAUGAAGAACUGAAUAUACGUCAUCAUGCAUUAUUGGAAUCUGCAAUGAUAUGUCCUGAUUACAGUGAAAUAUUAUCUUUGAAAGCCGAAAUAGAAGUAAUAAGACAAGAAAAAUACCAACUCUUGGAAGAUUUACAAAAAGUAAAUAAUCGCGAUGAUAAUUUGCAAGAAAGAUUAAAAAUAAUAGAAGCCAAGGAACUCAUUGAAAGGCAGCGAGCUGAUCAGAUGGCUAGAUUACACGAAAUAUCACAAACACAGUUAACAAAGUGUGAAGAUAACAUUAAACAACUUUCCGUUUCCAAUUCUGAACUGCAGGAGAAAUCGAUUGAACUACACAAAAAGUUGUCUAAGGAACUUGCAUUGCAGGAAACUACGCAAAUAGAUGAUAACCGUUUACAGAAAUUACAAAAUGACAAAGCGCAACUUACCAUAGAAAACGAAAGUUUGAAAAAAAUGCUAAAAAUUUCAGAAGAGGAAGCUCGAUUGCAAUACUCACUGAAUUCAUUACAAACAUUAGAAUUGGAUAGUCUUAGGCAUCAGAUAUUAGAUUUACAAGCUGUAAGUGAAGACAAAGCCACUAUUUCGAGACUUGAUUUUGAGCUUACAAGUAAAAAGAUGUCAGAAAUGGAACUAACUGCACAGAAAACGCAACUACAGAAUGAGCUAUCUUUUAUGCAACAAGAAUUGGAUAACUCAAGGAAGAAAUGUGAAGAAAUGCGCAUUUUCAUGCAAGAUUAUCGGAAACAAUGUGACAAUCGUUGCAAGUAUUAUCUAGAUAUUAUAUAUUUUUUACAAUGCCAAUAUGUGGGAUCAACUUCUAUAAGCACUUUAGAAAAAAUAAUUGUGCUUGCUGCAAAAUUAAAAACAAAUCGUCAAAGUAUUGAAUCGGAGAUGCAGAAAACAAAAAAAUGUCAUGAAGAUAUUAAACAUGAACAUCAACUUUUAUCUGCUCGACUUGAGAUUGUUGAACGUUUGAAAGAUAUAUUAGAACAACAAAUUGGCGCUGGUAGCGUUCAGAACGUAAUGGAACAUUUUGCCGAAAUUUCACAGCAAACUCUAAGUGAUUUCAAGUACAAGCGAAGAAUAGCUCACUUGGAACAUGAACUUCAAAUUGCUAAUAGUAAAUUCAAUGAAUAUGAGACAGUAAUAACAAACAUGGAGCAGGACAUGGUAAAUAUUCAGAGAGCUUGGUAUCCACAACAACAAGAUCACCAGCCGCGAAUUAAUACAUCAAAUUUGGAGACAAAGUCAAUUCAAGCAACAAUAGAAACUCAAAUUAUCAGUAUACAAACAGAUCCCUAUACUUGUUGCUUGGAUGAAAAAGCAGAAGAUACGACUAAGAAAACCGAAGCUGUUGAAGAUACCCAAAAGUCUAUUGAACCGAGUGAAAGCAUGAAAAAGACAUUCCAAGAAGUGGGAAGUAACACAGAAGAGAGCGGCAGUUCGAUAAUUCUUAAUGAACAAAUGGAUCAAACGCUAAAACUCACAUCGGAACGUUCCGCGAUACUCGUAAAACUUGAAUCGCAAUUAACGGAAUAUAAAGCAAAAGUGGACGCUCUGAACAAAACGAUAGCGGAAAAAGAUUCGCAAUAUCAAGCAAAAGUGGACAUUCUUAACAAAGCGAUUGAGGAAAGAGACUCACAAUAUCAGGAAAAAAUGGACACUCUGAACAAAGCAAUUGAAGAAAAAGAAUCCCAUCUUACCCAAAAACAAAAUAUACUCGACGAAUUAAUGAUCCAACCACAUGUUACAAAUACUGAUUGUACCGACAAGCUGGCUUUAAAAUCGACAAUAAAUAGUUUACAGAAAUUAAUUAAUCAAAAAGAGGAGACUAUCUCGAGAUAUCAGAAUUUAUUGAAAGAAGACAGGGACGAACAUAGUCGGGCAGCGAGUCGUUUUCAAGAUGAGAUCAAGAGUUUGCACGACCGCAUUUUAGCUAUGCAAGGUGAAAGAAAAAAAACUGAAGAAUCUGUAACUGCAAAGAAUGUUUUCGAAAAGAUGUCAGCAGACGAUGAAGCCACGUCGAAGAUGUCGAGAAAUAAUGCCGCGCAAGAAGAAGAAAUUGCAAGGCUACGUGAAAAGGUGUCUACCUUUGAAGCAGAAUUAAAUAUCAGCAAGGAAUUAAGCGAACGUUGGCACCGAUUAGCAGAAGAAAGAUUGAAAUAUAUGGAUCGUAUGAGGGAAAGAUUAGAGCAACAACAUAAAAAUGAAUUGGAGAGUUAUCGUGGUGAAUUAAAUAAGUGGCAAUCCGAGGCCGAAACACUCAGACAACAGUUGUCUGAGAAUCGCAUGUUAAUUACAAAAGGAAAUAUUUCCUUGAUGAAAGAGCUACAAGAGAAAGAUGACAAAAUACACGAACUAACUAUUGCUUGUCAACAAUUACAGAAUGAAGUUGAAUUAAUAGAAUCUGUAAAUCAACCCCAACAAAUCACAAUUCACAGUCGGGUUGAUGCAAAAACGAGCGAAACGAUACAUAAUCGCGAUCAAAUGCAACAACAAAAUCAAACAGAUCUUUUGCGCCGGCAGCUUCAGUCUCUAAUGCAAAAGGAGAAAAUGUAUAAGUAUGAAAUAACUGAUCUAAAACAGCAACUCAGUCGCAGAUACAUGGCGAUAAAGUCUCAGGAGAAGAAAACAUCGCAACGUGAAGCACAACUUGAACGCAAAGUAACAUCUUUAGAAGAAGAGUUGCAUAAAGCGAAGACUCAAUUAGAUCGAGAAUAUUUGGCGCAAGAAGUUAAAAAAGCUAAAACUGCGGAAGAACUUUCAUUGUGGGAAAAACAGAAGAAAUGGCAACAGACAGCAGAAAAGUUGAAAGAAAAAUUUAAGGAAAAGACUGAUGAAUAUGAAAAAUUGCUUGCAAAUUAUGAAAAACUUCGAUCUGUCGUUUCAUGUAUGGAACGAGAAAAAUGGUAUUUAAGAAGCAAGCUCAAACUUGAAAGUGAAAGUAUUGUCUCUAGCAGUUCAACGGCAAGACCUAUUGCAAAUAUUCAGCAUUAUAGAGAAGAAGAACUAGAAAAAGAAUGUCGAAUAUUGAAAGAACGUGUUAAGGAAUUAACUAAUCGCUUAGAAAAAGAAAGUAAUGAACAUUUAAUGUUAGAGAUAGCAGAAUUAAAACGGCAUAAUGCGGCUUUGGAAGCAGUUUCGCAGGGUAAUUCAUCUGUAAUUAGUCAGCUUGAAAAAUUAGAAAUGACCAAAGAUGUUCUUGAAAAGAUGAAUCUGAAGUUAGAAAGUGAAAACUUUGAGUUACGACUGGAAUUAGAAAAGGCAAAUUCUGAUACUCCAAGAUUGCGAGAAAAAAUUGAACAUCUAGAAAAAUACAUAAAAUUAUUAAAAGCAGAAAAAUCUUCUGAUUCUACUCCUAGAUCGUCAGAUAAAGAAUUACCAGAAUCAAGCACUAAAAAAUCUAUCUUUGAAAUGGAGAAAACAAUAUUUACAUUGAAGCGGAUUAUCGAGAAACUUCAGGCAGAGAAUAAACGACUGAAAUUGAAUUCUAAGAAAAAUAACUUUAUAGUCAAUCAAAGAAAAACAAAUGUCAUUGAAGGAGACAUUUUACUUAGACAAUAUGAAGAGUCUCAGAAGCGUGUGAUAAGUUUGGAAUCGGAUUUACAAUUGGCUGAGCAGAGAAUAGUUGUAUUAGAGCAAGCUCAUAAAGAAGAUGACAAUGGAGAUUUCCAAAUAUUAAAACAACAGUUAAUUCAUAAAUCCAAACUUCUAGAGAAAGUAAAACAGUUAAUGACACGAGCAGCCAUCAAUGAAAAGGCCCUGCGACAACGUGUGCAGCAGUUGGAAUUGAAGCAAUCUCUAUCAACAAUUCCAGAAUGUUAUGUAACUCCACCUACACCAGAAUAAUAGAUAGAUAGCUUGACAAUAAGCCAUUUUGUGGAAGAAAUGCACUUUUAUAUUUAUAUAUAUAUAUUUACAAUAAUAAAAAUCAAUAGAAUUAUACACAUCAGAAGAUGUAUUGUUUGCAUACAUUGAAGAUUGGAUUUUUAUAUACAUUUCUUAGG